AUGGCUGGUCUGCUGUGCAGACUCGUCUUUCGCCCGCGGGUCAUCACGACAUGGAUCGAGCCAUUGCCUUUGCGAGGCCAUGGCCUGCUGCCGAUCAUCGCACGAUCCGAUUGCAUCUCUGCAUGCCGACGACAUUAUCACGCCAGCUCGAUCUGCUCACAGAACCGCGUUAAUGCGUCGGUCGAUGGAGCAUCAAGCAGUCCUGAGUUAACGGCGGAAGAUCGACGGCGCAUCGACGAGCUUUGGGAAUCAUAUGAGACUGUCGGAACUAUUGCUAAGACUCUGAACAGAAGACUUUUCGCGGUCUGGAGAUACCUUCCACCUGGCAGCUCAUUCGGGCAACGGCGUAUACUAGGGUGGACUGACGAUGACCACAACAAGGUUCGCGAACUCCGAGACCAAGGACUUACGUGGCAGAAAAUCGCUGAGAAACUUGGUCGGUCUCAUGGCGGCUUAGAGAGUUAUCUCAUGCGGGCUCGCUGCAUAUCUGCUGGUGGUCGAUCGAACGUGUAUAGCUUGGAGGAAAGAGAUCAGGCAGUCAACCUCCAGAAGCAGGGCCUGAGACCUACAUCAAUUGCACAUCGAUUGGGACGCCCAGUGGCCACUGUCAAUCAUAUGCUGCGAAGCCGAAUGUCCAGAUACAGCUGGACGUUGGAGGACAUAGAAAAGGUUCUCACUCUCAGGGAAGCAGGUAUGUCUUGGCACGAAAUUACUGCCCUGCUGCCUGGCUCCAGGCGGACUGCUCUCGAGGCUCUGUACUCACGCGCCACCCGUGAUCGAAAGCUCAAAGGACCGGCGAAGAAAAUAUUGAAGGUUCCAUGGUCACAGGAGGAAGACGCAAAACUUCUACAACUUAGGAAUGUACGGAGGCUCAGUCUUGAUCAAAUUUCGAAGCUAAUGUCUGACCGAAGUCGGAAGGCGAUUUGGCAUCGAUACAUGGACAUCGACGCCUCUCUGAAGCGAGAUUCGGGGUACAGCUUAGAGGAGUUGGAGAAGAUAGCUCGUCUGCGUGCUGCUGGAAUGAAGUUCAAGGACGUGGCUGCGCGAAUCCCGGGACGCACUUACAGAGCAGUCUCUCGUAUUUUCGGCAAAUUCUGCAAAGGGAAGUUUUCAGUUGACGAACGAGGGAAUGUCAAUUGGCACGAGAGACCUCCGUACAUGAGGGAGCUUGGACGUGAUGGCGAAGCGUAG